AUGCAAUUCUUAACAAUCUUUCUUGCUACGAUGGUAUCUGGGCUCAUGGCCUUGCCUCAAAGCCUUGUCGUUGGUCAGCCUGCCGACAGGCAUUUCACCAACGAUAGAACCUCACACAAGCUUGAGAAACUUUAUUCAAAUCAAAAUGUUGAUGUAGUAGAAAAGGAUGCAAAUGGUACUCACGUCACAGAGCUAUCUUCUGUGAACAAAGUAGAAGAUAAAGUCCUUCAUGUGGUGCUUAAUUCAAACCUGACCAACUCGACUACCACUGUUGUCUCUCCGAUUGUCGAGUAA